AGGGAUAAACUCAUAAAACCCAUCGAAUAUACAACGAACAACAAUUUGGACCUUGCGACUGCUAUAUUGAAGGGUUUCUCUCUCUUUAUCCCUACUCGGUGGUGGGGUUUCGGGAAGCGUAUCUCUCCCUGCCAUGGCUACCAAUAAUUCGCAACAAUCAGGCAGUGGUCCACCUCCUAAACCAUGGGAACGAGCCGGAUCAUCAUCAUCUGGUCCAGCUCCUUUUAAACCUGCAACUCCAGGUAGCACAAGUGAUGUAGUCGAAGCUUCUGGAACAGCAAGACCAGGUGAAAUCGUUCAAUCAAACAAUACAACUUCAGCAGUCAAUACACUCGGAAGACCUGUUCCCCCUAGACCAUGGGAACAACAACAAACCUAUGGAGGUGCGGGUUAUGGGUCAAGUUUGGGUUACAAUUCCGGGUUAGGGGCUGGAGGUUAUGGUUCAUAUGGUGGAAUGGGUUCUUCUUAUAAUAGUGGUGGUUUAUAUGGAAACAGCAUGUAUAGAGGAGGAGGGUAUGGUGGUCUUUAUGGUGGUAGCAGCAGCAUGUAUGGUGGAGGAAUGUAUGGUAGUAGUUAUGGUGGAGGAAUGGGUGGCAUGGGUAUGGGUAUGGGAAUGGGUGGCAUGGGUAUGGGUAUGGGUAUGGGCAUGGGUGGUCCAGGUGGCCCAUAUGAUGACCAGGAUCCAAAUAAUCCAUUUGGUGCUCCUUCACAACCUCCUGGAUUUUGGAUUUCUUUAAUGCGUGUGAUGCAAGGAUUUGUAACUUUCUUUGGUAGAGUUGCGAUGUUGAUUGACCAAAAUGCCCAGGCGUUCCAUAUGUUCAUGUCGGCCCUUCUUCAGUUGUUUGACAGGUCAGGAUUAUUAUACGGGGAGUUGGCUAGAUUUGUAUUUCGAAUCUUGGGUGUGAAAACAAAGCCGAACAAGAUUCAACCACCUGGACCGCAUGGUCAACAUGGUCAACAAAUUGAGGGACCCAAGAGUGCACCUGCUGGUGGUUGGGAUGGUGUAUGGGGAAACAAUGCACCUAAUUGAUCAUUUUGAUCAACUAAACAAAACAGAGGAAAGAAGGUGUAUGUCUGUAUGAGAUUAAGGAUUACAGAUGAAAAGGUGAGAGGAUUGAAUGUGUAUAGAUAGGUAUUUUCCGUAUUUGGAAAUGAUCUUUUCUUGAAAUAAUCUUUUUAUAUAUAUAUAUAUUUAUGUAUCUCUUGCUUAUGUUGUAAUAUUGUAUUGAAAGAUCUUUCCUGAUAAAGGAGAAUAAGAAUGUAACAUGAGAUGUCAAGCUAUUUUCUUGGGAUGA